CGAAAACUGAAAAAAAAUCUCAAUCGACGUUUUAAUCGAUUAACCAGCAUAGGAGCUUACGAAAAAUGAUUAAUAUCGCAUCAAAAGCUGGAAACUAUUUGCGUGCCACCAACCAAGUUGUGUCGAAUGGCCUGAAACCAUUAGCCGGAGGUAUCGCUUCUGAAAAGAAAAAGGUCGUCACUACUAGUUUUGAACCUGAAACAGUUUGGUCCCUUACGCAGACUCUUCCAGCUAAGAAUAUGUGCGUGACAUCAGGAGUACCAGUGACGACACAAGUGCGAUUCGCUCACACGGAUAUCAAAGUUCCAGACUUCUCUUACUAUCGCCGCGACUCAACGAAACGUCCAGCAUCAAAAACGCAAACAGCCGAGGAACGAAAAGCAUUCACUUAUAUGCUUGUUGGAAGCGCUGCUGUUGCAUCAGCCUAUUCAGCAAAAGCUAUUGUGACAACAUUUGUUGGAUCAAUGAGUGCAUCAGCUGAUGUUCUUGCUUUAGCUAAAAUUGAAAUUAAGUUAUCAGAUAUCGCUGAAGGCAAAUCAGUUACAUUUAAAUGGAGAGGCAAGCCUUUGUUCAUUCGUCAUCGUACAUCUGAAGAAAUUUCCACUGAACAAUCUGUUGCUGUCUCAACGCUUCGCGAUGCUCAACACGAUAAUGAUCGCGUUCAAGAUCCCAAAUGGCUUGUUGUGCUUGGUGUGUGCACUCACUUAGGAUGCGUACCAAUCUCUAAUUCCGGAGAUUUUGGUGGUUACUACUGUCCAUGUCACGGAUCACAUUAUGACGCUAGUGGUCGUAUUAGAAAAGGACCAGCACCUCUUAAUCUGGAAGUUCCACCAUAUUCCUUUACUGACGAAGGAGUUCUAAUUGUUGGUUAA